AUGGACAAGGAGAAACGAACGUCGAUGUCACCUGUUGAGAGGCAGUUGAAAUCCCCGAUCGAGAUAUCAAUCACCCAUCCGUUAGAGCCUUCAACAGUGGACUACGAGCCUCGUGGCAGAUCGCGUGAGCAGUCACGAACAGGGUUCAGCAGACGGCCCAACGACUACGAGAGUAAGGUCAUCGAUGCAUACGAAGACAGGACUCUAGAUGCAUCCUCGAACGAAAGUCUAAUGGAUGAGGCCAAGCGAUUGGCCAACGAGUACCACGCCUUGUUCAAGGAGGAAGCCAAAGUUUCUGGUUUUCGAAAGCACAGCGCUUCAUCCAACAGUAUCAAGGAGAAGAUGAAGCUUGUACCACAACCACUGUUUUUCAACCCUAGACAAAUAUCCAGACAGCGAGAGCUUGAGUAUCAGAAGUCGCGCAACAAGGCUCAUUCGCCGGCAGCAAGCAAAAGUCCGAGUUCGCGGGCUGCCCCUCGCGAGCAGCGAAACAGUCCCAAAGGAAAAGAGCGCGCACUCAAAUUCCCCUACAAACUGUCUCUCACACCAGAGUCUACAGGCGCAAGACGUCGUCGCAGCACAAGUGGCAGCAUACCGAUUUCACCGCCACUCCCUAGGCACGAAGCCCCAAAGACAAAAGAGCUGCCACCUCCCGCUGUACAAAGGAAACAAAGCAUCGACGACUCUGACUCCUUCUCGGCCUUCUACCAGCGCAUCAAUGCGGGCGCGGAGCAGCUAGCUAGGGAAUAUGGCAAGGCUGGCAGUAAAGUCACUUUCGAUAUGGACACGCUACCCACUAUCCUCUCACGUCCGUCAGACGAAACCGCGCAUUCUUCGCAAGCAUCGCUUUAUGGGAAGAGGAAGCAAUCCUAUGAUAGUGGCAUCAGCAGUGUAGCUUCUUCAAGAGGCUCAAAAGCGCCCUUGAAAUCGCUCACCAACAAGAUGACUUCGGUGUUUGUGCGAAAGUCGUCGGUCAGUGCCGUGGAAGGAACGUCAAGCCUGGUCGAGAACUUCAAGCAGCGAAGACCUUCGUUCCUUGUUAUCAGUGCACCGCAACCAAUAUCAAUGGCGGAAGCGUAUGAUCCCAUGAGGUUGCAAGCAUCGUCGUCUGCAGCGUCUUAUGCUGCAAAGAAGCGGCCAAGUGUCUUUGCAGGAAUCAAAGAUCAUAGACGCGAGAGCAAGGCUAAUAAGCGGAGGGAAGAGCUCAAGAAGACUAUAAAAAUGGUACCACUGGGAGGAACGCCUCAAGCGCCGCGAAAAGAUGGCGAGUGGCUGUAG